GUAGUCGGUUUAGAAGCAAGAGGAUUCCUAUUUUGCAUGUUAAUCGCUGCAGAACUGGGAAUAGGUUGUGUACCGAUAAGAAAAAAAGGCAAAUCUGGAAAGACUGCAAGUGUCUCAUAUCAAUUAGAAUAUGGAGAGGAUGUUUUUGAGUUGCAAACAGACAGCAUAGCCCCCGGACAAAAAGUUUUAGUAGUUGAUGAUCUUUUGCAAACAGACAGUACUAUGGCUGCUGCAGUUGAUUUAUUACAAAAAGUGCAAGCAGAUGUCGUGCAAUGUUUAGUCGUAAUGGAGUUAAAAGACUUGAAUGGCAAAGAUAAAGUUUCUGUACCUGUUCAUUCCCUUAUUACAUACUGUGAUUAAAACUCAGAAACUACAAAAAAGUUCUGAGAAAACAAAUACCUCAGUAAAUCGAAUGUCUAGAAAAUAUUAAAUCUAACAUAGAAGUAUUUAUCUACAUAUCUGCUUUCAUGCAUUUAAAUAUUAUAAUACCAAUAUUAUACUUCUUAGCAUUUUUAUAUAUUUAUUGUUACUUAAUUUUUUUACAAAACCUUGUUAAUGUAUUA